UUCACUCCGUUCCACACUCCUCCAUUUUUGUACACUUAGAAUAUGCCUUCGCCUGUCCAAGUAUGCAUCCAGCCUUCUUCAGCGCUUGGCGCCAACGAGCCGGCCCGCGUUCCUACACACCGUGUGCGCAACCCGCCCCUGGUCGAGCCAACUGUGGCCACAUUCACGCUGGGCAAGCGCCUGCCAAAGCUGCUCUCGGACCUGCACGUCCCCGUCAGCACAGCUGCGGGCUCAGUGACCCUGCAAUAUUCUGUGCAUGCGUGUCCGCGCCGCGUAAAGCGCGAAAUCGGACUCGUGUUCCCUGACGUUGUCGGCCGUGAGAGCGACCUUUUGUUCAUACCGACAUUCCAAAAAACCGUUUCAGCGAUGAUCGCCGGAGGUGGUGACUCACAGGAAGAAAAGGACGAGAAGCUGCAUCUGUUCUACCGGUGGGGCGGCGAGCUGGUGGGGCGGCUGCAGGCAGCAGGGUACUGGGCAGACAUUACCGACCCAAUGUCAGGAAUGGCCCUAUUUUCGCACUGCGGGCCGUCGCCGUACCCGGAUGUCGAGGGAGCCGAGAUUCUGCUGCACUAUCGCCCGUUCAACAUCGGCUGCUGCUUUGUGCUGUCGCACCCGCACUGGGGCACUCAUAUUUACCCGGCCACUGCAUUUACGCUGGCGCCUGCUGAGGUCGUCAACCGCGUGCUAGCGGAGAUGAAGAGCAGCGGAUACUGAAGACACCUGUUACUCUGCAAGCUUGCAUUCACUAACUCCUCGCCCCUAUACAUAGCCUCCUUUUAUACACCUCGCAUUGCAC